AUGACUAGCAGAGUUAAAUUGACAAAUGUUGACCGACCAGCAAUGGCAGAAACCCCAUGGGAAUUAGAGAAUCUUAUAAAUUUCGUUGAUUCAGAAACUGCUGAAGAUCUUUUAUCAAAUUUCCCACCAAAAAACGAAAAUGUGCUAUCAAAACUAUCUCUUUUCCUCGAAUUUAGGAAACCAGCAAAUGUUGGUGACUAUAUCAAAUACUUUUUUGAAUCAAUUUUUCUUGAUGAAUCACAAUUUAACAUUUCUAUCAAAGCAAUAUUAUAUUUACAAAAAUUUUUAAGCUCAGACAAAAGUUUAGUUGCAUUAUUCAAAUCAAACGAAGUUUUUGAACGAUUAUUUCAAAAAUUAUCUGAAAAAUCGUUCGUUUCUUCAAUUACAUUCCUUCUUUUCGAUAUAAUUACAUCUUUUCAGCCAGGAGAGAUAGAUUUUUUAGAAGAAAACACAAUAAGACAAUAUUUUAACUAUUUUGCUUCUAAUGAUCGAAUUCCGAACGUUGAAAGUCCAUAUUUAAUCAAAUUUAUAUGGUGCAUGCUUUAUCAAAACAUUGGACAGAAUUUACCACAAGAUUUGGUCGAAUAUCCAUUACCAAUCUUUCAAAGAAAUAUUCAAAACACACUUAACGACAAAGCCUACUGCAGCGAUGGUCUUCGCUUUAUUUUGGGUACAACAAACUUUAAUUUUGAAUUUUCUUUUCCAGAAAGCAUUGAAAGGAAAGAAGAUAAUCUUUACUUGCUUAUGAGGAUAUCCAGCAUGAAUAACAACCCUGCAUUGAUUACUUUUGAAGAAUUUUUCAAUAUUUUCCAAAAAUACGUUACGUUCAAGAAUAAGUUGACACAUAUAUCAGCUUUCAUCAUUACUCAUCCUGACGACUUCACAGAAGAACAAACAGUUUUGUUGGGACAAUAUUUUUUGGAAAAUCAUGAAUCUUUCGGAUUUCCAAAUGCAAAAGAAGUUCUUUACGCAUUCUCGUAUUUACACUCUGAUUUCAUCUGGAAAAAUGUUGAUUUCUUAGAUAUAUUUUUUUAUUACGGUUUAACGGAUCCUGAUUUCAAUUCUCUCAUUAUAUUUAAGUGUAUCACUGAAAAAUUAUAUGAUAUUAUUAAAUCAAAUGAUGUAAAUUAUUUAAUUAAGUUCCAAGAGCUGGUGAAUGAAAAUUUGGAAGCAUUUGAAGAAUUUGCUACAAUAUCUGAUCUUCAUGAGACGACUUCUGAAAUAAUAUUGAAUGUUUUCAAUAAUAGCGAAAAUUGA